CGUUUUUCACACGUACCACUCCCUGAUAAUUUUUCUAUCUUACGUCUACUCACGUGCACCACACACCAGUUUUCAAACCCUCACCACUUGGCGUUGACUGUUGUAACUCUCUUUUCUUCUUCGCUAAUCUCACCUCCUGUCACCUUUUCUGCGUCACCGAUUCCUUCCUAUUGGCUCAAAUUAUGGUCCCCCACUAAGCUGUGACUCUUUUUCACAGAGAUUGAUUCAACCAAACCUUCUCUUCUUCCCAUGUUUUCCCCAUUUUCUCUCGAAUGGAUUGCAGUCGCCCAGAUUUGUAGUCGGUAAUUUUUUCCGCUUAAUUCAUUUUUUUUUUUUUUAUAAUUACUAAGCUCUUAUUUCUGUAAAUUAUCUGUUAAUUUUUCAGAAAUUAAGGUGUUAUAGAUUUAGAAAAGAGGGGAAUACAAAUCGAGGGUUUAUAAUUUUAUAUGUCAAAUUUAUACUAUUGAUUAUAUUUUGUGGGGGUUGUUCACUUGUUGUACUUCUUUAAUCAUCAAUAUCUUUAAUUCCGUGUUAUUGGGUUUUUUUAGAAAGUUAUUGUUUGUAUAAAUUGAGACGAGUCUAAAAAGAUCUCACACGGGUAUGUAAUUUGUUGCAUGUUGGUUAGAAUUCGUGGCCAAUGCUAGUAGAGAGUAUGAUGAGCUUAGAGUGUGGAUUGAGGAGUUUCCUCCUAGUGUAGCUGCUGCCAUUGCUUUUGAUGUACCUUAAUUUUUCUAUUAAAAAAAAAUUAACUGAUAUAAUUGUGUUUGGGUACAUUAUUUGGAAACGGAGGCAGUAUGUGUAAUUAGAAAUAAAGGGUUAGAUAAUGAAGAGGUUAAGAUCGUAUGGUGAUGAUUUGGGGUCGGUUGGGGAGAAGGAGGUUGACCGAACGACACUGGGAUGGUCAUCGCAUCAUCGGAGAUAUUACUCUAAAGGGACAGAAAAUGGUUGGAGUAGACCGUCUCCGGUGAUUGAUGAUGAUAGAGAGCGAGAGGGGUCAAUGUCGAGGUGGGUUAGUUUGAGGAAGAGGGUGGAUCAUGAUUUCGAUGGGUUUGAUGAGUGGGAGGGUUCAAGAGGGUUUAGGAAGAGAGGGGAGCAUGAGUUUUCUGGGGGUUUUGAAGAGAGGGAGGGAUUUAGAGGGGUGAGGAAGAGAUUGGAGCAUGAGAAUGAUGGAUUUGAUAGGAGAAAAGGGUUUGAUAGGUAUAGGGAUCGAGAUGGGAUGGUGGGUUCAUCGAUGGUGUCUCCACGAGGUAGUGGGUAUGUGCCGGAGAGGGAUAGGGAGAGAGAUAUAGAUAGAGAUAGAGAUAGGGAUAGGGAUAGGGAAAAGGAGAGGAUUCAUCGGUCCGAGAGCUUUUGUGUUUCGAGGAGGGAUCAUCCGAAAGGGUUUAGGUCGGCGAGGCAUUGGUCAAGGAGGGAGGAUGGGGGUUCGUCUUCCUGGAGGAGGUUUGAUAGUAGGGGCAAGAAGGAUGUUGAGGAAGAUGUUAAGAGUUCACCGGUUGAAAAGGGUGGGAGCAGUAGUAGUAAAGGUGGGAGAGCGGAUAGUGGUGGUGUUAGCAGUAGCAAAGAGAAUAUGAGGUAUCCUCGAGGAAUUAAAGAUGUCAAGUCACCCACCUGGUCCAAAGAUUCAAUGAAAGAUUCAAAGAAGUCAAUCGGCGAUGAGCCCUUGAAGAACACCAAGAAGAAAGAGAGUAUGGUAGCAGAUAGUGGUGGAUUUGCUAGUGCCAUUGGAAGUGGAACUGAGAUGGAGGAAGGAGAGCUUCAACCAGAAUCGAAUCAGAUUCAAGCACCGGAAGAUUACGUUGUUUCUGAGCCAAAGGUGGAAAAUGUCAAUCAACAUGCUAAGGAUCCUCAAGUAGACAGAGAUGUUGGGAAUAAGCUACAUGAGCUUGAAAUUAGUGAAGUGGUCAAGUUCAGAGUUGCUGAUUCAGUUGUCACUGACAGAAAUUUGGCUCUAGUAGACGAACAAGCAUCAGGUGUAGGCGCUGCUGACAGGAAACAGAUGACUGGUAAAAAAUUAGCAAUCAACGAGACCGUGGAAGGAUUAGAAAUGUGCUCAACUAUCCAAAAUGAUUAUGUGAAUAAGGUUUCUGUUUCUGAAGAAACUAAACCUACAGUGUGUACAGGUAUUGUUCUUGCUAAUGAUGAAAGAUUGAGAGAAAAUCAAUUUGAGCUGUCUGCCCCUGGAAACAGCAGCCUUGAUAGUCAGGUAAAUGUGGAAGAUCAUAAUUCUAGAAGUGUGGAAAAGCCAUCACCGGUGAAUAAGAAUUCGAAAAAUAAUUUUAACCUCGAUUUUGGUUUGGGUGAGUCAAAUAAAGCAAUUGUAGAAGUUCCUAAAGAGCCCAAACCAUCUGUCCCUGUCCUGAAAGACAAAGGGAAAGGUGUGGCUGUCAGCUCUUCUUGUGAGGAUAGUCUUAGAGAAAAUAGUUUGCUGGUCGAAAGGAAUUUCAUUGCUUGCCAAGAUGAUGCCAUGGAAGGCCCUAGUGUGAGAGGCUUUGAGCUCCUUUCUAGCUCUGCUGGAGUCAAAGUGAUGUGUGUCAACAGUAAUGGAUCUAAAUCUGAAGCUGAGAAGCUAAAGUUGGAACCUCUAGAUCUCUCUCUUGGCCUGCCUAAUGUUUCAGUUCCUGCUACUUCCCACAGUGCUGCUGCACCCCCAAUCUCCCCUCCACGUGCAAGGAGUGUUCAAUCAUUUGGCACCACUCUCAGAACUGGUUCAGAUUGUUUCACGACAUCAAUUUCAUUCUCUGGGUUGCAGUUCAUUCAUAAUCCGAGUUGUUCACUGACUCAUAAUUCAGUUGAUUAUGACUUUGAGCAAUCUGUCAAAAGUCGUCCUUUAUUUCAAGGUGUUAAUUGGCAGGCAUUAAGUGCUAAUGAUUCUCUGCCUAAGGAAAUACUUGUGAAUUCUAAAUCAGUUUCAAACGGUCAUGUUAACGGGUCUCUACAUUUUACGAAGUCAUCCCAAGGCAUUUUGAAUGGUCGAGCUAUACAACAACAAGCAGUGCCUGUUCGAGUGGAUCGUUCUGACAGUCUUCAGAAACAGCCCUCUGGAAAGAUACGAUAUCAAGACGAUUUUAGGUCUCCUGCUCAGAGUGCUGGAUCUCAUGAUAAUAGAUCGGAAUUUGGGAAAAGUGAGAGGCGGGUGACCAGGGAAGAAAGUGUAGGAAGGCUCUUCAGGAGCAGCAGUCAAAGAGAGAUGGAACAGGGACUUGCUGGAGAAAGAGAUCUUGUGGAGAGGCUAAUUUAUUUAAUUGCUUCAGAACACAUCCAAACCAUGGCUCAGAGGCUUAAUGAAAUGCCAGAGCGUUUAAUUGCUUUCUUGAAGGACAGUGUAUGUGAAGUUAUUUUGAAAGAAGACAAUCAUAGAAAGCUACGUGUCCUUCAGGAUGUGCUGCGAAAAAGGCCUGAUCUUAAUUUGGAGACUCUGUUAAAGUGUCAUCGUGUUCAGUUGCAGACUUUGGUGGCUCUUAAGACUGGUCUUCCAGAUUUUAUCCAGCGAACUGACAGUAUUUCUUCUAGUGAUCUGGCAGAGAUAUUUCUGAGUCUGAAGUGUAGAAAUGUUAAUUGUCGUAGUGCAUUGCCUGUGGAUGAGUGUGAUUGUAAAUUUUGCUCCAAGAAAGAUGGUUAUUGUAGUUCUUGUAUGUGUCUUGUUUGUUCCAAGUUUGAUACUGCCUCCAACACAUGUGGUUGGGUUGGGUGUGAUGUUUGCAACCAUUGGUGCCAUACUGAUUGUGGUUCGCUGAAAUCUUAUAUUAGAAAUGGUCGAAGUACGGUUGGGGCUCAGGGGGUAUCUGAAAUGCAAUUUUAUUGUCUUGCCUGUGAUCAUCCAUCUGAAAUGUUUGGCUUCGUGAAGGAUGUUUUCAAAACUUGUGCUACCGAAUGGAAAGCUGAGACAUUUCUCAGGGAACUUGAGUAUGUGAGGAGGAUAUUUAGUGCGAGCAAUGAUUACAGAGGAAAAGUAUUGCAUGAUGCUGCUAAGCAGCUGAUUGGUAGGUUGCAAAGUGGGGCCAAAACUGUGGAGAUCUGUAAUCAAAUAAUGGCGUUCCUAAAUGAGGGUGAUGCUAAGCUUGCCAAUGCAGUAGGAUCUUCUGGAAGAGAUCAAGUCCAACCUAAGCCUCUUGAGAAUAACGUCCAAGAUGGGGCAAAUGUACUCGGUCAUGAACCUAUUUGGUCAAAAUCCAAUUCUGCCAAGGAAUUCUCCCAAAUGCAAAAUAUUGGAAAUACCCUUCCAAGUAUUGAAGGGAGAUCAGUUGGUGGUGGUUCGUUGAGUACUGAGAUGCUGAUGGGCAUGAGCUCCAAGACUGGAGAUGAGCUAGAUAUUGUUAAGCUUAAGCUAGCAGAAGCUCAGUUAUUCCAAAAACGCGCUGAUGCUGCUCGUGCAGAGGCUGAAGGCCUUCAACGCAUAGCGAUCGCCAAGAAUGAAAAAGCGGAAGAAGAGUAUAUGAGCAGGAUUGCAAAAUUGCGCCUGUCAGAGGUAGAGGAGAGGCGCAGGCUUAAGCAUGAAGAACUGCAAAUGCUGGAAAGAAGUCAUCGUGAAUACUUUCACAUGAAAACUAGGAUGGAAACCGACAUCAAGGAUUUAUUGAUUAAAAUGGAAGCAACAAGACGGAAUCUCAGUACCUAAUAUACUUUCUAAAGAUGAUUGUUAUGUAGAUAAUUACCAAGGCAGCUUAGUUUUUGUCGAUGUUGCCUCACACCUGUAUUCAUAAACCACGAGCACUGAUAUUGGCAGAUAGUGAUGGUAGUAUAGAGGUGUAUGUAUUUUUCAAUUGGCUUACUGAUCUCAGUUAAUUAUAAAUUUAAGGUUGAGAUCUUUAAGAGCCUUGUUCCGUAGAAACUGGCUUACUAAUCUCAGUUAAUUAUUAACUAGAGCAUGUACAGAAAUAGCUUCUAGCUUCACCCUCCUGUCACAAACUGUUGGCAACUAUUAAUCUCUACUGAAGGAGUUCUCUCUUUCCAAUGUAUUGCAUCUGUCACAAAUAUUUGGCAUA